CAAACAGACACAAACAACGAUUCAGACAUGAGCCUCCAGGUUUGUGACUGUGACUGGUCCAAAGUUACGACUUAUAAUGAAUUGAAAAUACACCAGACGGGGAUAGGAUGCAAGCCAAAGGGUGUGAGGGUUGAUAAGAGUAAACGGGACCUACAGCUGGAUGUUUACACCCCUUUCAAGACUGAUAUGGCCUCCACUAGACCAUCACCCAGUGAGACUGUCUCAAUGGAGACACAUCUGAAAUGCUCUAUCUGCAUGAGUCUGUUUGUGGAUCCUGUCACUACAGCUUGUGGCCACUCCUUUUGUAAGGAAUGUUUGGACAGCAAUUGCGAGUACAAUGACAGGUUGUGCCCCCUAUGCAAGCAGUUUCUGAGGAGUAUCCCAGAUGUGAACAUCGUCCUGAGAAGCAUUGCCGAACAGGUGAAAAAGACCCAGGAGGAAGACAGUAAGUACACUCUGGCGCCCGGUGAAGUGGCCUGUGACAUUUGCACAGGGCAGAAGCUGAAGGCUAAGAAGUCCUGCCUUGUGUGUCUUGCCUCGUAUUGUUCGACCCACCUGGAGAAUCAUUCUUCAACUAAAAGGUUGAAGGGUCACAAGUUGGUGGAACCUGUGGAGAACCUGGAUGAGAGGGCCUGUCUGAAGCAUGGACGUCCCUUGGAGCUGUACAGCAGGAAGGGAGAGAGAUGCAUUUGUGUACUUUGUCUGGAAGAAGAUCAGGAGGAGGUUGUUCCUAUUAAAGACGAAUGGGUCAAAAAGAAGGCAAAGGUUGAAAGCACAAAGGCAGAGUUACAGGAGAAAAUUGUGAAGAGAAAAUCAUGGGUGGAUGAGACUAAUGCAUCUCUUCAGAGCUGCAAGGACCAGCUGGAGAAUGAGUGGUGGGAUAUCGAGAAUGUGUUCACAACUGUGAUUGCCGUUGUGGAGGAAGCCCAUGCAGCAGCUCUUAAGCCAGUACAGGACAGGAUGGAGGCGGUGGAGAAAGAGGCAAAAGACAUCCAACUGAAGUUGGAAGCUGAGAUCAACAGGCUUGAGAAGACCAUCUCUGAGCUGGACGAUAUAUAUGCGCUUGACGAUCACAUCCUUUUCCUUCAGAGUUACCCAUCUCUUCAAGACCCCAACAACCUCAAAGACUCGACGGAGGUAGAGCUCGACACAUUGCUGUCUUUCGGCACCAUGAGAAAAACCACAACAACCAUGUUGGAACAAAUUCAACAGAAACUGGAGAAUCUGACCUCCAUUGAGCUUCAGAGAGUUCCAAAGUUUACAGUGGAUGUAAAGCUGGAUCCAACCACGGCGCACCGACGCCUCAUUCUUUCUGAUGAUGGGAAAGAAGUGAAAGAUGAAGGGGAGGACCAAGAAGUAGAUGAUGCUCCAGAGAGGUAUGAUCUGUUUGCCAGCAUCCUGGGGCUCAACAGGUUGAUCUCUGGGAAGUCGUACUGGGAGGUGGAGGUCAGCAACAAGACGGGCUGGGACCUGGGUGUGGCUAGAGGCGACGCAAACCGCAAGGGGAAACUCUCGCUGAACCCAGAUAACGGUUACUGGGUUACCGUACAUUAUGAAGAUGAUAAGUACGCAGCCCUGACAGCACCGCCAGUUCGUCUUUCCCUGAAAGACAAACCUAAGAAAGUUGGGGUGUUCGUGGACUACGAGGAAGGUCUCGUGUCCUUCUACGAUGUGACGGCUCAAUCUCACAUCUACUCCUUUACUGAGUGUUCCUUCAUUGACGAGGUCUUCCCAUAUUUCAGUCUACAUGUAAAACAAGAUGAGAAAAACACUGAUCCUUUGAUUAUUUGUGGUGUGAAACAUUGUGAUUAGGACAUGGAUAUGUUGUGAAGACUGUGUGGGUUUGGCCCAGUCAAAAACGUAGUUUCGUACAAUAUGGAG